AUGUUCUCCAAGGCCAAGACCUCCAGCAAGGCUGGCUUCGACAAGGUCUACACCUGGGUCGACAAGCUCGGCGCCCCCGUCAACCGCCUGUCCAACAAGGUCGGCUCCGAGGCUUUCUGGCCCACCACCCUCGACAUCGAGUCCGACAAGGCCGCCCGCAUCCUGAAGAGCUUCUGCAAGGAUGGCUUCUACCAGGACGAGGACCGGCCCACAGCCACCCCUGGCCCAACCGCAAAGCAAAAGGUGCUCAAGAAGAUUCCCUCCAAGGUCAUCAAGAACGCCAAAGGCCUCUGCAUCUUCACCACCAUGCGCACCGGCCUCUGGGUCUCGGGCAGCGGCGGCGCCGGCAUCCUCGUCGCCCGCACACCAGACGGAACAUGGUCGCCUCCCUCCGGCAUCAUGAUGCACACCGUCGGCGUCGGCUUCCUCGUCGGCGUAGACAUCUACGACUGCGUCAUCGUCAUCAAUUCGCAAAAGGCCUUGGACGCCUUCCAGUCCGUGCGCUGCACCCUGGGAGGCGAAAUCAGCGCUGUCGCCGGGCCUGCAGGCGUCGGCGGCAUCAUCGACACCGAACUCCACAAGCGCCAGUCGCCUCUCUUCACCUACAUCAAGUCGCGCGGCUUCUACGCCGGCCUGCAGCUCGACGGCACCAUCGUCAUCGAGCGCACCGACGAGAACGAGCGCUUCUACGGCGAGCGCAUCGGCGUCAAGGACAUCCUGGCCGGCAAAGUCCGCCAUCCACCCUACGAGCUGAAGAGGCUCAUGGAGACACUCAGGUCUGCCCAAGGCGACACCGACGUGGACGAGUCUCUCAUCCCAGACGAAGCCGCCCCCGCCGACUUCGAGGUCAGAGCACCCAUCACGCCAGAAGACAAGGCCUUUGGCAUACCCGCUGAAGACGACCCGGACCCCUUCGGCCUGCUAGCUCUGCAGUCCGCCGGCCUGGAGAUUCGAGAAGCCGGUACACACAACCGCCCGACGAGCGAGCAGUUCGAGUUCCGCCCCAGUCCCACCAGCCCCAUCUUCUCCACCUUCAGGAAGAGCACGGACAGGUCGAGCAUAGCAGCGAGCCUGGCACCGAGCCGACGCUCGAGCUGGCGCACGAGCACGCUGAGCAGCGUCCUGGGAGGAUCGCGGCCUCCAAGCAACUACACAGACUCGAGCACGCAAACCAGCUAUGCGGACGUGAGCACUCAAACCGAUCUGGCUCCCUCCACGCCCAUCACCCCGACCCCCAAAAUGCCGCCUCCGCUGCCACCGCGCACCCCGCCACAAUCGCAUUCUGCACGCACGCCGUCGCCGCCGCUAGCCGACAUUCCAGAAACAAAGGUGCACGAGGCUACACCGCUGAAGAAGGUCGCGCCCGAGCCCAUCGAGCAGCCAGCACCGAGCAGCCCGCUGCAGAGGUCCGUCGAAGUUGGCCAUGACCAGCACGCAGAAGGCGAGGCGGAUAACCACGCAGAAAGCAAGGUGGACGACAUCUCGCAAGAUCUCGACUCCGAGUCCGAGUCCGAGGACGAGGACGAGGACGAGGAAGAGGACAUUGUCAUCCACGAAGUCCACCAAGCCACUGCACCCCAGGUCAUCAACCGCGCUCGCAUCAUCCAGGUCGCGAAACCAGUCGCCCCGGUGCUACCCCCGCGCAACCCAUUCCGCAACAGCAGGAACCGCAACUCGACGACCUCGGAGGCCUCGACCGAGCGCUGCGCCGAAGAGAAGCCCAGCCCCGUCUCGACCCCCUCGCUCCGUCACGGCGACUCCACCAGUAGCCUGUCGAGCGUCGAGGGCGAGGGCCUGGCACACGUCAGCGCACGCUUCCAGCCCAAGCCCGCCGAGGCGCUGGAGAAGGAUGCAGAGAAGGACACCCUGGAGAAAGACGCGUCAGAGGAGCAUGCGCUGGAGAAGUACGAUGCGCCUGAGCAGCACGACGCCUUCCCCCCGCUGCCCGAGUCGCCUCUGAAGAGUGUCCCGGGCGCUUUUUAA